AUGAGCAACGCUGAGAUCAUUGGUUCAACAAAUCUUAUAAUUCUGCUAGAGAAUGAGAUCUUUGCUGAUUUUUUCAACACAUUUCUUUCUCUUCCGGUCUUUGGUCAGACACCAUCCUAUACUGUUGAAAACUCACAGUGGAGCUUGUGGCCAGAGAUACCUUAUCACUUGAUUUCCAAGUACAAAGGAUUACUGACCUGGUUGGAAAAAUACCGACUACCUUUCUUCUGUAAAACAAAUUUGUGUUUCCACUAUAUCCUUUGUCAGGAACUCAUCAGCUUUGUUAGGUCUCCAGAAGGAGCCAAGAUGAUGAGAUGGAAAAAGGCAGAUGAGUGGCUACUGGAGAAAUGCAUUGGCGGGGUCAGAGGAAUGUGGCGCUUCUGUUCCUACCUCAAGGGCAGUGCAGGUGAAGAAUUGGUGGAUUUCUGGAUCCUUGCUGAGAAGAUCCUGAGCAUAGAUGAGAUGGACCUGGAAGUAAGAAACUACUACCUGUCCCUCCUUCUCAUGCUGAAGGCCACCUACCUGCAGGAGGGGUCCAGGGUGGUAACUCUCUGCAACAUGAACAUCAAGUCCCUCCUGAACCUCUGUAGCUGGCAUCCCAACCAGUCAACCACCAGGAGGGAGACUCUAAGUCACAUGCAGAAAGUAGCUCUGUUCAAACUCCAGAGCUAUUGGCUCCCCAACUUUUAUACCCAUGCUAAGAUGGCAAUGGCCAGUGAGGGAGCAUGCUAUGGUCUGAUGCAAGAAUAUGAGACUCGCCUAUGCAGUUUUUGCUAUACCCAUAUGGGAGGGCUCCCUCUGAACAUGAGCAUCAAGAAAUCCCUCCAUUUCCAAAACAAGUACUCAAGCAAGAAAGCCAAGAGGAAGAUAUGGCAACUCACAGAUCACACUUCUUGGUCUCUGGAAUUGGACCUCAUGCCAGAUAUCAGCACCUCACAGGAGGCAAGUUCUCAGGAGAAGAUGGUUAUACAAAUGCCUUCCCUAGAAGUACCUUCUUCUAAAGAGAGAACAAUCAGUUCCCUGGAAAAGGAUAGUCAUUGUGUCAAGAAGUCUAGUGUGAAGAAGAAGUAUAAGUGCCAUGUCCAUAUGGAGGACCUUUUUGAGACAAAGUUUUCCACCCACCUGAGAACUUCCACCUCCAUCAUUCAUCACCCCUCUCGCAUAAUAAUCAAGAAGGCCAUCAAUCAAAGCUUCUCCCUGGUGUAUACCCACUGGGCCUUGUGUGCUGAUGCUUGUGCAGGGUGUCCUUUCCGGGAUUACCUGAAGAAGCUUAAUUUGAAGGUAGAAACUCAACUCCUGGACCUUUGGCAGGAUCUACAACAUUUUCUCAGGGUUCUGAUGAAUAACAAGAAGAGUGGGAAGGCACUCUUUCUUCGCCUGCUGGGUGAUAGAAUCUGUGAGCUCUACUUGAAUGAGAAGAUUGGGCUACGCUUACCCCUCAAAUCUCAAAUCAUUCAGGGCCUGAAGGACAUGCUGCCUUCCGGGGAUGUAAACCCUUGGAUUCCCAAAGCCCAAAAGGAGAUCUGCAAGAUGCUCAGCCCCUGGUAUGAUAAAUUCCUGGAUGAAGAGGACUACUGGUUUCUCAUUUUUACAACUCAGACCCGGUUCAUCAAAAGCCGGUGGCACAGAAAAGAAUCUACAGACAAAAAAGACAACAUUCUUCUUUAUAAGAGAGUUCAGGAAUCUCUGAAAUUAAGCCAGGCUUUGGCUAACAUGGAAGAAAUGGAGUCUAUGGAGUGGCAAAAGAUAGCUACUAAGGACUUGAGACAGGGUGGAUCUCUCCAGGUAGAACUGACAUCUCCAGUGUUUCUAGAAGACAUCAACAAAAUGCCCUUUGAAGAACUCUGCUACAAGAAUCCAAAGGUGGCCGUAGAAAAGAUCAGCGAGGACUACAAAAUAUAUUGUGAGAAAGCACCUAAAGUAGAUACUACAGUGGAAAUGAUCAAGGAACAAAAGAUAAUUGCAACCUCCAACAGAAAAAUAUCUCUCUUCAAAAAAGUGGGUCUGCAGAAGCCCUCAGUGAGACCUAGAAACUUGGCAGAAGUCCUCUUAAAUACACAGCAUUUGCAGUUCUUCAGGGAGUUCCUUAGACAUCGGAAAGCUGAAAAUCCAUUGCUAUUCCUGAUAGCAGUACAGAAGAUCAGUAUGGAGACCAAUGAAAAAAUCUACAAGUCUACCUUGGAAAAUAUAAUCAAGACUUAUCUCCAUGGCAAACAUCCUCCUGAAGAAAUGCUUCAGUGCAAUGCUCCUAUUAUUAAAAAAGUCCCUCACAUGCAUCAUAUUGGUGCAACCACACUGCUGAUACUCCAGAGCUAUGUCAUGAAAUCUCUGGAAGAAAAAUGGUUUAAAGAAUAUCAAGAACUGUUCCCACUUCCUCCUCUAGAGGUGGAAACUGAAGUGCAGACUUCACAGAGGAAGCCUUCAAAAACAACAGUAAACCUGCAGGAAUCCCAGAAAAGAGGUUGGCUGAAAAUGGUCAACUUUAUCAAGAGCUUUUGUAGCUACCGCAGAUUUAUAUCAAAUCCCAGGAAGUGUCAGGAAUUUAUAGAGUAUCUUCAUCUUGAAAUGCACAACAAAGAGAAUUUCUCAACAUCACCCACUGUAUCAGGGCGUCUAACCCCACUGUCCACAAAUGCCCGAAGAACCGAACAGGAGAAGGAAGAAAUAAGCCUUGUAAAACGUCGUAUAUAUGGCCAGAGGAUCAUUGUCAUCAACUUUGCAGUUAAUGAUUUAUAUUUCCUUUCUGAAAUGGAGAAGUUUAAUGAUUUGGUGAGUUCAGCUCAAAUGCUGCAGUCCAACAGGGCAUACAACGAGAAUGAUGUGGUCCUAAUGCAGUCCAAAAUUAACAUUAUCUUGAGGCUCUUCUUACAUGCUGAAUUUUCUCCAAAGCUGAGGGUGAACAUCACUGAGUCCCAGAAGGAUGCCAUCCUUACUUCCAUUGCAGAGGGCCACCUAGACCGGAACAUGUUUCAUGGAGCUAUCAUGUCUGUCUUCCCCGUCAUUAUGUACUUCUGGAAAAGGUUUUGUGCCUGGAAAGCAACCCAUAAUUAUUUACACUAUGUAGGGAAGAAUUUCAAGGAUAGAAAAAUUCUUCCUAAACUUACAAACAAAAACCCUCCUGGAAGUUCAGGUGACCACAAUAUCUUAAGGUGUACAUUGCUCAGAGGUAUUGAAUGGUUGCGACCUCAACAGUGGGAUUUACCAACAAGUCCACUUCCAAACUCUUCAUCUAGCAAUCUCACCCAAUCAAGACUUGUGUUGUCUGCCAUGCAACUGUAUCCUGCCCGGGGACAAAAAUUACCCCACACCAAAAAGGAGAAGAAAUAA